UCGUGUUUGACUCACGUGCUCAUAAAACACGCGUUGGCUGUCACUCAAAUAAGACGAUUUUAAAGUUCGAUUGAAUUUAUGUUUUAAUGGGAGGAAAGAUGAAAUGUGUUGAGAAGAUACCUUUUGUAGCGAGUGUUUUGUUUGUUUAUGUCAACUUAUUAUGGGUUGUUUUUGUUGGAUGUUCCAACAUAAUUGCUGAUGGGAUUAUACCAAAAAUAUUAUCGCGAGGACAAACUUUCAAAGUGGUUAUUGGAGACUCCGUCCUAUUACCAUGUGAAAUUCAAAAUUUAGGUACUUUUGUGGUUGUCUGGAAAAAAGGUGCAUCUCUCUUAAGCGCAGGACAACAGAAGAUUACUAGGGAUACCAGAGUGUCGUUGCAUGGCUACAAUUUAGAGAUACGGGACAUAAAGUCGUCUGAUCAAGGUGAUUACACCUGUCAAUUAGGUGAUGGAGCUGAUGGUGAUCUUAUUCACACUAUAGAAAUAUUAACUGCACCAAGCAUACAAAUUUUUCCUCAGAAUGGCAAAGUGGUCGCCAAGAAAGGCGGGACAGUUUCAUUUGAAUGCAAAGCUAAUGGGAAUCCAGGUCCUAUCAUUCAGUGGUCUAAAAAGGAUGGAAUUCUUCCUUCUGGACUUCAAGUACAGUCUGGCUAUCUGUUAAAUUUAAACGAUAUAAGACGACAAGAUGCAGGACUGUAUCAGUGCACAGCUUCUAAUGGAAUAGGACAACCUAUUACUGGAGAAAUUAAUCUACAUGUAUUAUAUCCUCCAGAGGUGAGCGUACUGCGGUCCUGGGUGAACUCCGGUGAAGGAUUAGAAGCUAAAUUAGACUGUAUUGUGCACGCUGAUCCUCCAGCUGAGGUACUUUGGUAUCAAGAUUCAUUUCCUCUUCAACCGACUGACAGAAGGCUUAUGAACAACAAUGGCCAAACUUAUACGUUGACGAUAAAAAAAGUACAGCUUUCCGAUUUUGGAAAUUACAGUUGUAUUGUAUCCAAUUCGCUAGGACGGGAUAAGAAAUACAUAGAACUAUCAGGAAAACCUGGACCUGCCCGAAUUAUCAGCCCGCAAUAUUCCAAUCCCCACGAAUAUGAACUAAAAUGGGUUGUUCCAUCUGUGUUUCCAAUUUUGGAAGUCAGGAUACUCUAUCGGAAAAUGAUGAUGAACUCGUCUUAUCAUCUGCCGGGUCAGUGGCACGACUUAUCAGUAAAACCAACUCAAAGCUACAAUCCUGCCACAUGUGAGAGGACGCAAUCUUUCCUUAUCAACAAUUUGGAUCCUGAUUCUGUGUAUGAAGUUCUUGUGCAGACGAAGAAUCAACACGGAUUUGGUGAACUUUCAGAUAUGCAUCAAUGGUUUACUUCAAGAAAAGGCGGUCCCUUCAUGCACAGUGCGACUCAUAAAAACUCUGUCACUUAUCAACUUAUUAUUUUGUUUAUCUUAAUUAUUAAAUUAAAUGAGUGUUUAGUUUGGAGUAAUAUAAAAUGUGCGUAAUUUAUUCGAACAAAAGUUAAUCUUGAAUUUUACACAAAUGUUGAAUAAUAUGUAAAAACAAAAUACAUAGGGUAAUUUUUAACAUAUUA